CUCUCUCCUCCAGCAGCCGCCGGGCUUUCUCUGCUUCAGCCUCUCUCCUCUUCACCAUGGAUCUGUGGACUAAAAGAGUCGCUUGGAUUAUCGCUCAGGUCGCUUUGCUUCUCUUCAGUCUGGACAGGACAGCAGGAGAAGAGGCGUGUGACAGCGCGUUGGUGUCCAAUCUGCCACCAUCGUCCUUCAGAAGCUCCUCCCAGCUGUCCAGCAGUCACGCUCCAGGCUUCGCCAAACUCAACAGAAGAGAAGGAGCUGGAGGCUGGUCUCCUCUCACCUCAGACCGUUAUCAGUGGUUGGAGGUCGACCUGGGCGAGCGCACAAAGAUCACUGCUGUGGCCACUCAGGGACGCUACGGCAGCUCUGAUUGGCUGUCGUCGUACCUCCUGAUGUUCAGCGACACGGGACACAACUGGAAACAGUACAGACAGGAGGACAGCAUCGGGUAUUUUCCAGGUAACAGUAAUGCCGACAGCGUGGUUCAGUACAAACUGCAGCAGGCGGUGAUUGCUCGCUUCCUCCGCCUCAUCCCUCUGGACUGGAACCCCAGCGGGAGGAUCGGGCUGCGGCUGGAGGCCUACGGAUGUCCUUACACCUCUGAUGUUGUGAGUCUGGACGGUGCCAGCAGCAGUCUGGUGUUCAGGUUGAGCCUGGGGCUGAGGCAGACGCCCAGAGAUGCCGUGUCUCUCAAAUUUAAAACCCUGAGGAAUUCUGGGUCGCUGCUGCACCUGGAGGGAGAAGGAGGACUCGGCCUCAGUCUGGAGUUAGAGAGAGGAAAGCUGCUGCUGCUCAGAACAGGUAGGACUCCAUCCUCUGAACCCCGGCGUCUCGCCUCCCUCGGCAGCCUGUUAGAUGAUCAGCACUGGCACCAUUUGGCGUUUGAGCGGCGCGGCUCUCACCUCAACCUCACUGUGGACAAACACACAGAGAGGGUUCAAAUCCAUGCAGAGUUCAAUCACUGGGACAUCAAACAGUUGAGUGUAGGUGUAGUCCAGGACCAUGGAUCUCAGAAACCAGUCACCUCCAGGAGGAACUUCUACGGCUGCCUGGAGAACAUCCGGUACAACGGUCGCAACUUAAUAGACCUAGCUAAACACAAGGACCAUCAAGUUACAGUUGUGGGCAAUGUGACCUUUUCUUGUGCUGAGCCAGUCUCAGUUGCCGUGACGUUCCCUGGACCACAGAGCUUCCUACAGCUGCCGGCGGCGACAGCGUCCUCCUCUGGAGGCUUGUCUGUGGGGUUUCAGUUCAGGACGUGGAACAAGGCGGGGCUCCUGCUCACCUUUGACCUGCCUCAGGAAGGAGGCGUGGUCUGGCUGCACCUCAGUGAGGCUAAACUCCGCCUGCAGGUCCAUAAAGCUGGCAGGGUGCUGCUGGAGCUCAGUGCAGGUUCUGCUCUGAAUGAUGGUCAGUGGCAUUCUGUGGAUCUGAUCUCCAGACGAGGUCGUCUGACAAUUGCUGUGGAUAAAGAUGAAGGAGGUGUCGCUCAUGCCAGUUACUCCAUCACUGCAGGAAGUAAACUCUUCUUUGGUGGUUGUCCAGCAGAAGAAGACAGCCAGGACUGUAAAAAUCCCUUCAGCAUCUUCCAAGGCUGCAUGCGUCUCCUCAGUGUGGACAACCAGCCAGUGGACCUGAUCACAGUACAGCAAAGACUUCUGGGAAAUUACAGUCAACUCCAGAUCGACAUGUGUGGCAUCAUUGACAGGUGUUCUCCCAGUCGCUGCGAGCACGGCGGUCUGUGCAGUCAGUCCUGGACCGUGUUUCACUGUAACUGCUCUGACAGCGGGUACAACGGAGCCACCUGUCACAGCUCUGUGUACGAGCAGUCCUGCGAGGCGUACAAACACAACGGCAACACGUCGGGAUACUUUUACAUCGAUGUGGACGGGAGCGGACCGAUCAAACCACAGCUGGUCUACUGCAACAUGACAGAGGAGAACACCUGGAUGGUGAUCCAUCACAACAACACAGACCUGACCAGAGUCCGAGCGUCUCCAGGAGUAAACCAGCACUCAGUUCACUUUGACUACUCGACCAAGGAGGAGCAGCUGUCAGCAGCCAUCAGCCAAUCAGAGCACUGUGAACAGGAGCUGACCUACCACUGCAGGAAGUCCCGCCUCCUCAACACUCCAGAGGGCUCUCCGUUCAGCUGGUGGUUUGGAGGUCCUGGUCCUGGAACUCCACAGACUUACUGGGGUGGGGCCCAGCCAGGCAGCCAGCAGUGUGCCUGCGGCCUGCAGGGUGACUGUGUGGACCCUCAACACUACUGCAACUGUGACGCAGACCGCGUGGAGUGGACUGAGGACUCUGGACUACUGACCCACAAAGAGAGCCUCCCUGUCAGGUCUCUGGUGCUGGGGGACGUCCAAAGGUCGGGGUCAGAGGCUGCAUACAGGGUGGGGCCACUCCGUUGUCAUGGAGACAGGAAUUUCUGGAACGCUGCAUUCUUCGACAAAGAGACGUCGUACCUCCACUUCCCCACCUUCCACGCCGAGCUGAGCGCAGAUAUCUCCUUCCUUUUUAAAACCACGGCAGCCUCCGGUGUGUUCCUGGAAAACCUGGGCAUCAAAGACUUCAUCCGCAUCGAACUGAGCUCCUCCUCUCAGGUAGUUUUCUCCUUUGACGUGGGUAACGGGCCGCUGGAGGUCCGCGUGGAGUCGAGCGUGCCGCUGAACGACGACAGGUGGCAUCGAGUCAGAGCUGAGCGGAACGUCAAGGAGGCGUCGCUACGAUUGGAUGGACUUCCUGUCGCCACGCAGAAAGCUCCUGCAGACGGACACUUCCACCUGCAGCUUAACAGCCAGCUGUUCAUAGGAGGCACGGCGUCAAGGCAGAAGGGCUUUCGAGGAUGUAUUCGCUCCCUGCAGCUGAACGGCGUCACUCUGGACCUCGAGGAGAGGGCAAAGAUCACACCCGGGGUUCGAGCAGGCUGCCCCGGUCACUGCAGCAGCUACGGAUCGUUCUGCCAGAACCAGGGCCGCUGUGUGGAGAGAGUCAACGGUUUCCACUGUGACUGCAGCCUGUCAGCGUACACUGGAGUCUUCUGCAAUACAGAGCUUUCAGCCAGCUUCAAACCAGAGACGUCCGUCAGCUACACUUUCAAGGAGCUUUAUGAGCUCAGAGGAAACAGCAGCGCUCUGCCGUCCUCCAUCUACUCUGACACGACGCUGAGAGGAGAGAACGUCUCUCUGAGCUUCAGGACCAGCCAGAGUCCGGCUCUGCUGUUCUACGUCAGCUCGUACUACAGAGAGUACCUGGCCCUGAUCAUAAACAAGCAUGACAUGCUGGAGGUGCGGUACAAGCUGGACAGCAGCAGAGAGGCCGAGGUGUUGAGGAGUGGAGUGAGGAGUCUGGCUGACGGACAGCUUCACACCGUUUCCAUCAGGAGGCUGACCGACUCUGUAUCCGUGCAGAUUGAUGAGAACCCAAGAGAAGAAUUUAACCUGACGUCUGACGGUGAAUUUAACGCCAUCAAGUCUCUGGUGUUGGGCAGAGUGCACGACUCUGAUGAUCUGGAUCCAGACCUGGCUCGCGUGGCGUCUCUUGGUUUCUCCGGCUGUCUCUCUGUGGUUCAUUUUAACUCCAUCAGUCCCCUGAAAGCCGCUCUGCUCCACCCAAACACCAGCCCUGUCUCUGUCAGCGGACCUUUAGUCCAGUCUAACUGUGGCUCCUCGGCUUCAGCCAAUCCCUACGCAGCAGAGAACACGCACCACCUGUCAGAUCAGUCGGGUUCAGUGGGUUCAGGUGAACCGUUAGUCAAUGCCAUGAGAACCGACUCUGCUCUGAUCGGAGGUGUCAUAGCAGUGGUCAUCUUUGUGAUCGUGAGCGGCCUGGCCAUAACCGCCAGAUUCCUCUACAGGAGAAAAGAGACUUAUCGAAACCAGGAAGUGAAGGGGGUCAAACAGGACGACAGUCAGGAUUUCUCUUUCAACAACCAGACGGACUCCCAGAACGUCUCCUGUGAAAACCCAAAGGAGUAUUUCAUUUAACUGGAGGAGGGGUGAGCUGAUAGACUGGUGUGUUUUAAAGCAGAGGUUGCAGGAGGAGGGGGGUCCUGCAUCGCUUCAGGACUUUACGCUGCACUCAGAGCCAAUCAGAGACUUCGUUGGAGGUUGUGGCUCCACAGAUAAAGGGAGCAAAAACAAGAACACUUUAUUUUGAUGUAUAUAGUGUUUAUACUGGUAAAAAGGUGUUGAUAUGCUUGUUUGAAAAUGUGUAAAUAUAAGUGUAAAUGUGGAAAUAAUGUCUACAGCAAACUCUAAUUCAUGCCAUACUCAAAGGUUUCUGUUUUUUGUGGAAUCAAAUCUUGUUUUCUGGAUUAAUUCAGAGUAUUCAAAGACAACUUUAUUCCUUUAUUAGACUGGUUGUGUCGUGUGUUGGAUUGUGGCUGGAUUUAUUUGUCAGAUGCACUUUUUUAUGAGGAGGAUGAAUGGACCUGUCAUCACGACCUGAAGAAGAAUACUUCUCUAAUUGCCAGUAUUUUGUGGUUUGUUCAUGAUCCUUUUGUAUUGUGUGUAGUGCUU